UCCAUCUUCCACUGCUGCUGGAUCCCAACCAGCAAACAAAAAAAAUAUAAAAGCUUCUGGAUCCGCGACAAUGACCUGAAAACCCUCCAAUCAUAUCCUCUUUCUCUCCUCUUCCAUCUUUCUUUGAUUAUUUCCCCCCUCUCUCUCUACCUGCCUUAUUCUCUCCCCUUCCAUCCAGAUUCCCAUCCACUUCUUCCCCUCUCUUUCCCUCAGCGCUUGUUUUAGGCAAAGUUUCAGCUCACUUUCUAUGGCUGAUAUGCUGUCGAAUAUGAAGGAGAAGAAGAGUGUGCUGGAGAUGGCCAUCUGGUCGGCCAAAACCGCCUUCCUCCUGAUCGGCUUCGGCUUCGCGGUUGUCUUCGCCGUUGUCCCCUCCCUCGACCUUUUUCGCUCCUCCCAAAGAAGCCUCUUGAUCACCGUCCAGCUCAUCAUCGUCGCCAUAUGGAAGCUCUCCAAUGCCAGGCCCCGUGGCAACCAACCUCAAAACCACGACAACAACCCUCUCGCGCCUCCUCCUGACUCGCCAGAGACCUGGUACGACGUCCCUUCCUCCCCCACCACCACCACUUCGCCAGAAUCCAAGUCCUCGCUGUCGCCGCCGGCGGAACCUGUCAUCCCACCCCAGAUCGUGGAAGAAGAGGCGGCGUCGAGCGCCGAUGAUGAAAACGAUUCAAUGGAUGAAACAUGGAGGGGAAUCAUGGAGGGCGGCGGGCUACCCGCAAAGCCGGUGUUGAAGAAGAGCCAAACGUGGGAGAGGUGCAAGGAAGUCGAGGCUGUAGGAGAGAAAGCGGUGGGGAGGAGGGAGAUGAGGAAGUCGGAGACGUUCAAGGAGAAGGCGAAGGUCAUAGUGGAGGAGGGGUGGAGGAGGAGGGAUGUGCUUGUGGUUAGUCAGGACGAGCUGUUCCGGCGCGUAGAGACCUUUAUCAACAAGCACCACGAGAAUCUCCGGCUCCAGCGGCAGCAGUCGGAGCAGCGCCGGUUCUUGGAGAAGCUUCGCCGCAGCUACUAGCUCGUGCAUUGUUAAUGUUGGAGAUGCGUGGAAUUUAGUGCCAGCCAUGGUGGUGGAUUCGUGUAGAAUGGUGGGGAGGGUGGAUCAAUGGGUAGUUUGUCUUUUGCUUUUCUUCCUUAUAUGUCAAGCUUAAAGCUCCAUAAAUUUUCUCAGUUACAGGGUUGAGGUGUAAGUAGGCAUAUGCUGCGUAUAAUGGUGCACGUAUGGAGCUGUAUUUGUGGAUAUAGCAGGUGUGAUCAUAGUUGUGGGAAGUAUCAAUAUGUAAGAAUGCCUAAUAAGGUCAUUAAUUUUCUCUUUGUGAUCCAA